CUGCACUCCCACGCACUGCACAUUUGGAGGCAGAGCUGGCCCACAGGGAGCUGGAAACACUCCCGCCGCAAAAAGGUGCGAUCUUCCCGCCUGGCCCAGAGAUCCGUUUACCGGUGAAUCGAUGAGUUGCAGCAGGAUGUCAACCUUGCUCAAAUCUACGCACGGAGGAGGGUGCAGCGGACCGGCUCUCAGGAGGUUAGCACCGCCACAGCCACUCCAUGGUGCCCGAGCGGCUUCGCAGCUCUAGUUGGAGCCGCGUCUAUCAGUGCAGCGACCGUUCGGGUUGUCAAGGAACGUAGAUGAAUGAGGAGGACUCGGACUACUGGAACACGCACCAAAUUCUCUGGCAGAAAGAGGUACACACAUCAGAUUGAGAUUAUGAUGCACAUCCAUCCAUCCACCCUGCCUGCAUUCAUAGCUGCAUCCCUGUUGUCCGUCUGACAUCCAGCGUAUGCCAUUAUUCCCGUUGGAGGACAUCCCGGGGCUGGGAUGGAUGGACGUCGCAAGCGCAAAAGCAGACAGUGUGGUACGCUACGCUGCCGAGGGAGGGGAGAGAGCAAAGGCGGUGCACCAUGUGCCAUGCCGCUCAUGCGCUGCGUUGUUGUUGCUGGUGUUGUCAUUCAUCAGUUACGGGAGGAGACCCGUGUGGUUGUGCCUCAGUACCAGGCGCUUCGGCUGGCGUGUGAGCUGAGCGAUUUGUUUGAGCUGGACGACAUCUACGCCUUCUGCCCGGAGCACAUCCGGAAGAAGCUCGAGAUCGACGCCAUGAGCGUCCGACUCGCAGAUGUCAACCCCCACUUCUUCCUCACUGUACUCGGCAUACUCGCGCUGUAAGCGAUGGAUGGAUGGAUGCAUUCAACAUACACGAAAUGGGGCAUGUGUGUGGAUGGAUGGAUGGAUGGAUGGGAUGGAUGGACAUAUAUCAGGAAGGAUCAGGAGGAGCUGGAUGACCACGACAUAGCGGUCAAGCAGACGGUCAGGGAGGCCCUCACCAAGAGGCUACAGACCAUCUCCAGGCGGGCGCUCUCCACCGGCGAGGCCACCGUGGUCAGCUCUCCCACCCACCCACACACACGUAUUCCAUAUAUCUGUCAUCCUUGUGUCGCCUGCCUGGCCUGAUGCAACCCGCUCAGUCCUACUCGCGUGCUGGGGGCCGCGGGCGUCGUGCCGGGGCUGCGCCGAGGGGCAACCAGGGGGACGAGCGUGAUGUGCUGUCGGCCGCGUACCAUGACGCCACCAACCUACUGCCCAAACUCACCGACACCGAACAUGCACGUACGCUCGAUGACUACCUCACGGACGCACUGAUUUAUUCAGGCACAUGCGGCACCCAUCCAUCCAUGCCAUUGCGGCUCUCGUGCUCUGUGCUGUGUGUGUGUGUGUGUGUGUGCAGUGUAUCAGUGGGGGAAUUCGGAGAUGCGGGCCUUCAGGGAGUGGAGGGAGACGUAAGAAGCGAGACGUACACACACACACACGAGAGAAACGGGCAGAUGGAUGUCGUGUCGUAUCAUGUCGUGUGUCGCACGCAGGUUGGGUACGACUGUAGGUGUGAGGGCACAUCCGUUGGUGGCGCAGGCGGCCGAGGAGCGCCGCAUGCGUGCCGCCAGGGAGCAGCGAAGGAGAGGCGUCAAGCGGCAGCGACCUCUCUAAGACGGACACAGACACAGACAGGCCGCGGAUGUGUCAUGUUCUGUGAUAUAUCAUAUCCUAUCAUAAUUGGUGUCCCUGCGUCCAAUCCGAUGCAUGCGAGGCACUCUCUCUAUGGCUGGAUGGCUGGCUGGGCGUGCAUGUGCAUGUGUGGGUGUGUGUACAUAUGCAAUUGGUUGGUGGCUGG